AUGGAGCGUUUAAGUGAUACUAGAGUGCUAAAAUUUAGACCUAAUACCUUAGAAGUUGUUAGGAAAGAUGUGGAUUUAGAUCAGCCUUUAAGAAUGACAGAAGCUUUAGAUAUUUUGGAAAACUGGGUGAAAAUGCAAGCGCAUUUUACAAAAAGAGAUUUUCCUAGAGAUUAUCUUGAAACCACAUUGAUCGCAGCCAAGGGACUCGUGGAAAGAGCCAAAGAGAGAUUGGACAAGUUGUGCACAUUUAAGACAUUGAUGCCGGAGUUUUUCACCGUUUCUGAUGUGAGAGAGGAGUUUUUGCCACUUCAGACUAUCAUAUCAACGGCUAAUCUUCCGAGGCUAACACCAGAACAUUACAGAGUCUACUUAAGCAAAACAGUAUCAGAAGAAAACUUGAAUUCCACGAUUUUAUUUACGUUUUACAGAUAUCUUACAAUGAUCAGCGAGUAUUUCAAGAAAUUUGAGUAUUGUGCCGGAUUUAUCGUCAUUUUGGAUUACAGCGAAGUAAACAUACUGAACUUAGUGACUAAAAUUAAUCCAAUGGAUCUGAGAAAGAUUAUAACUUUAAUGACUGAGGGGUACGGUAUGAGAAUUAAAGGGAUUCAUGUUAUAACCUCGUCUAAGAUGGUCGAUAAUCUAAUAGGACUAUUGAAACAAGUUUUUAGUGAAAAACUUUCAGCCAGAAUUCGCACACAUAAAAGUAUAAAGGCUAUUUACGAGUUUGUACCAAAAGAAAUUAUGCCAUCUGAUUAUGGCGGUGAAGAAAAAUCACUAAAAGAUCUUCAUGGUGACUGGAUAGAUACAAUAAGUUCUGAAGAAUUUUUGGAUCAUUUUAAAGAAAUGAACAAAGCCAAAACAAACGAAUCUUAUAGACAAGCGAACAAGUUUAACGAAAGUUAUAUUGGUAUGCCUGGCUCUUUCAGAGCUUUGAGCGUUGACUAA